UUGCAUAAAUAUGUGCUAGCCGUCCUAAGGAUAUAAACUGCGCAUUUCAUUUUGGAGAGGAAAUUAACUAAAUCUUAACUGUGUUAUUGAAGAGAAAAAGAAAAAAAGUGAAUGUUAAACAUAUAUUAUAUUACAGAGCAGGUAUUAAAAGUGUCGUGUGUGUGAUACGUACAAUAUAAAGAGUAACUUGUUGAUUUCCAUGGAAACUAACCGGCUUACUCUGGUGAACAAUGUCGAACCCCAAUAAGAUAAAAAGUAAGCCGUACAGGAACUGGGUGAGAGGUACCCUUGGUUUGUUCUAUCUACAAGAAGGCCUCUGUCCGUUCACUGACCGUGUUGUUAAAGCGGAACAUGCGAGAAUUGUUCAAAAUCUUACGCCAUGCACGAAUUGUGUUAUAGAAGACAUUCUCCCAGCACAUGCCAGUGGUAAUUUUUGUAUUCAAAAGAAUAAAGCAAGGUGUAACUGUAGAAAAAGAACAAACAGGAACUGUCCAACAUGCAGCAAAAUCUAUGACCAAAUAGUACAACAACACCGUUUUAAGGAGCCGCACUGGGUGACUGAUUGUUCUACAUGGUAUAGUGAUCAUUGGCAGUUUGCAAAAUGUUUCUUGACAACCUCAACAAAAGGAUCAAACAAUAAUGCUGCCGAAACGGAUGCUUCUGGAUUACUCAGCAUUAUCAUAAAUGGCGAGUUCUUCCAGUCAGAACUUCAAUGCAUUAUUGAUCCGCAAAAUGAUAUUUUUAGUCAGGUACGAAAUAUGCGAAACGAAUUUUUUCACAACUCUACACUAGACUUGAAAGAUCAUGAAGUGACACGCUAUCUACAGUCUAUGAUAGCAGUAUUAGAAGACAAGAAAACACUAAGCAGUGAUCUAGCAGCUCAAGCAGCAGUAAAAAAGUUAAAAGAGAUUCUCAACGACGAGUUAGUCAUAACCACAACUGAAGAAGCCAAAGCAAUUCAGACUGCAUUAGAUGCUAUCAGAGUGGCUGAAGAACAGGCUGAAGAGAGUAUAAGAAAACAAGAAGAAGAGAGUCGUAUAUCUUUACAGCAGCAAACAUUGGAAUCUACUACAGAAAUAAAUGCUGCAAAGGAAGGGGCACUUGAACAGAUGGCAUCUACAGUUUCCAGAGACUUCAAGCAAAGCUAUGAACCGGAAAUGAAAAAAGUUAAACUAAGAGUCGAAGACCAUGAAAGUAGAUUAAGAGCAGUUGAAGCAGGACCAGAAAAUUUACAAAGAAAAAAACUUGAACUGGAACAACUAAAAUUUGCUGAAGUAAAGCACCAGACGAGGAUUGAAUACCUGAAACAAAGACAAGGUCUGCAAAAACACCUGAUGGAUGAAUAUCAACAACAUUAUGUAAAGACAUGGAUUUCUCCACUGAUGACGCAACAAAAUGACGUCAAUAUUAGCGACGUAUAUGUAUCGCCUAGAAUGGUGAUCGAAGAAAUAGAGGAUCGUAACGUCGGAAACCUCACAGAAGCUGGAAUAGACAGAGGAACAAAAAACAAGCAUAUAGAAAGAUAUCGCGACUUAUUUUACACAGAUGAUAAAAACAAUAGGAAAAUUUUUAUCGUAGGAGACGUAGGCACGGGAAAAAGCUCCUUUUGUAAAAUGAUGUUGCAAAACUGGUGCCGCUCCAUUGCAAAAAGAGGAAACACUAGCAAAUCUGACGUCAUGGACAACGGCGGCGUGAUGCAAGUAGAAGAAUAUAAUACGUGCGAUAUGAAUCAAUUUGAUUUCUUAUUUUAUAUACCUUUACGUGAAAUGCAGGAGGAUUUUUAUGACACUGUCGAUAUGAUAAAAGCCCGAUGGAACGAAUAUAGGACACUGGUUGACGACAUAUUUACAGACGAAUCGGAUCGUAUUCUCAUUCUGUUAGACGGUUUAGACGAGUGGACACCACCUAGAUCAAACAGGCAGUCGCUACACGGGAUACCGACAUCUCGUUUUGCACGUGAUUCAACAAUACUUACAACAUCUCGGCCAUCAUCUCGCGGUAUCUUAAAUCUGAAAUCAUCAGAAUACAAUUUGAAAGUAACUCUCUUAGGUUUAAAAGAAAGCUCUGUCAAACGUAUGAUAAAAAAUUUCAUGAAGUUGUUGAAUAAAACGUCAGCUGUCGCAACCUUUUAUGAAACACUUUCGAAUUUACCAUUCAGAUAUAUACACAAUGCUCCGAUGUUGCUGCAACAGAUAAUCUGGCUGUAUUGCAGUAAUUAUGAAAUAGGUAAAUCUAGAACUUCUGUUUACUUACACAUUGUUAAUGCUGUGCUUGGAUGGGAACGUGAAAGACAUGAGGAUAACCCUAAGCUGCAAAGUGACAAUUUCGGAAAACUUCCACUACCAAAAUCGUUUGAUGAUUUUGCCAGACUUCAAGAUAAUCGAGAGCUGCUUCUUCUUAUAGGUAAAAUUGCUUAUCACACGUAUAUACAAAAAGCGGAAAGUGUCUCAUCACUUGUGUUUGGUCGGAACAAGCUUAAACAGUUGGGUGUAUCAGCUGAUGAAAUUUCUGCAAUUUUGCGGACUGGUAUUCUAACUGAAGUCAACUGUUCCGACCCAACAUUUGAGAAGUCACAACUUUCGUUUACUCACACUUCUAACGUGGAGUUUUUUGCUACUUUAUUUACUUGUUGCUGUUACCUAUCCGAAAUUUCAGUUGCCCAUUCUUCGGUUACUCCCCUUACUAUACUCGAAGGUAUCAUAGCAGUCACACCAAAAACGUCUAUUGCCGAAAUAUUGCGAUUAGAAAAUGUACUUAUCAUGAUGUGUGGACUAGUUCCUGGUCUUACAGAACAUGUUUGUGAAUGCAUUUAUAAGUUGACACCAAGCGGCGAGAAUAUGGAUAAGAAAAAUUUCCUUCAUGUAGUAAAGCAGAUACAGGGUUUGGCUUUUGCUUGUUUAUCAGAACAUAAUUCCGUUGAUCAAGAAACCAUCGUUAAGUUUAAACUGCGUCACUUUGAUAUGUGCUCUGACAUUGAUGAGAUAUGGUUAAAAAUGUGUUUUAGUUGUUUAGAAACUGCUAGUAUCGAAACGUGUAGUGUUCGUUAUCUUAAAUUAUUACACGAACAAAGUUCAUUGUUAUCAUCAUUCUUGUCAAAAGCAAUAUCGUUACAAACUCUUAAAAUACAUGAAACGGAAUGUACUAAAGAGGAAUGCGAUGGUCAUAUCAUUGAUUUGACGAAUCAGAGAAAUUUACAGAGAAUAGAAUUAUGGAACACUGAAAUGUCAGUUUCAGGUAUAAAUCUUAGUUCGCUUCAGUCCUGUGAAAUGUUCGAGUGUGUGUUGUCACAUGAGCAGUUUUCGUUGUUAUCCUCAUGCCUGUCACAUGCUGUAUCACUACGGACACUUGAUAUAGCGUUCAUCGAUUGUAAUAUAGAAGAAUGUGAGGGUCAUGCUAUAGAUCUUAAAAAUCAUAGAGAACUGGAAAAACUAGCUUUACCCCACAGUAAAAUACUGGUUUCUGAUAUAAAUCAUUCUUGCCUCCAAGUCUGUGAAAUCUCAGACUGUAAGUUGUCACACGAGAAAUCAUCGUUGCUAUCAUCAUGUCUGUCAAAAGCAGUAUCAUUACAGACUCUUGAAAUAGGUUUCAUCGAAUGUACUAAAGAUGAUUGUGAGGGUCAUAUCAUUGAUUUGACUAAUCUUCAAGAACUACAGAAGUUAAUGUUAUUAGAUAUUAAGAUAUAUGUUUUGAGUAUAAAUCCUACUAUGUUGAAGUCAUGUAUCAUUUGUCACGCUUCUUAUAAUGUAUCACAUGAGCACUGCGCAUCAUUGUGCUCAUCCCUUACACACGCAAAUUCUUUAUAUCAUCUUAGAUUACAGGGCAUCAAAUGUAUUGAAAAUGCAUGUAGCGGUCAUUAUAUUGAUCUCACGAAUCACUCACGGCUAGAGCAAUUAUCUCUUUUAGACUGUAACACGAUCUUUAUCACCGGUUUUAAUUCUACCUGUUUCAAGUCGUGUGAAAUCCGUUACUUUAAUCUAUCACACGAGCACUGCGCGUUAUUAUGCACAUCACUUUCACACGCUGAAUCUUUACAUAAUCUUGAAUUAGACGAGAUCAAAUGCAUUGAGGGUGCUUGCGAAGGUCAUUGUCUUGAUCUUAUGAGUCACAAACGGCUUUGGAAUUUAUCUAUAUCAGACUGUAAGACGAUAUCUAUUAUCGGUAUAAAUCCUACCCGUCUCGAGCAGUGUAACAUCAGUAACUGUAAUCUGUCAUACAAGCAAUGUGCGUCAUUAUGCACAUCCCUGUCACACGCAAAAUCUUUAUAUUGUCUUGAAUUAAAAGCAUUCAGAAGCACUGAAGAUACAUGUGAAGGUCAUUAUCUUGAUCUUACUAAUCACAAAAAGCUGAACCACUUGUCUAUGUCAUACUGUAAUACGAUAUCUAUCACAAGUAUAAACCCUGCAUGUCUCAGGACGUGUGACAUCAGUAACUGUAAUCUGUCACACGAACAAUGCGCGUCAUUAUGCUCAUCACUAUCACUGGCAGAAUCUUUAGAUGAUCUCAAAUUAGAUACGAUCAGAUGCAUUGAGAAAGCUUGUGACGGUCAUUAUCUUGAUCUUACGGAUAACAAAAGGCUAAAGCAAUUAUCUGUAAUACACUGUAACACGAUAUCUGUCACAGGUAUUAAUCCUACUUGUCUAGAGUCGUGUCACAUCAGUAACUGUAAUCUGUCACACGAGCAAUGCGCGUCAUUAUGCUCAUCACUAUCACAAGCAGAAUCUUUGUGUGAUAUAAUAUUAAGUGAGGUCCAAUGCAUUGAGGAUAGAUGUACGGGUCAUGAUAUUAAUCUUACAAAUCACAAACUGCUAAAAGAUUUAUCUGUAUCAAACUGUAACACGAUAUCUAUCACAAGUAUAAACCCUGCUUGUCUCGAGUCGUGUGACAUCAGUAACUGUAAUCUGUCACACGAGCAAUACGCGUCAUUAUGCUCAUCCCUAUCAGAAGCAAAGUCUUUAGAUGAUCUCAAAUUAGAUACGAUCAGAUGCAUUGAGAAAGCUUGUGACGGUCAUUAUCUUGAUCUUACGGAUAACAAAAGGCUAAAGCAAUUAUCUGUAAUAAACUGUAACACGAUAUCUGACACAGGUAUUAAUCCUACUUGUCUAGAGUCGUGUCACAUCAGUAACUGUAAUCUAUCACACGAGCAAUGCGCAUCAUUAUGCUCAUCCCUAUCACAGGCAGAAUCUUUAUGUGAAGUAAUAUUAAGUGAGGUCCAAUGCAUUGAGGAUAGAUGUCCGGGUCAUGAUAUUGAUCUUGCAAAUCACAAACAGCUAAAAGAUAUAUCUAUAUCAAACUGUAACACGAUAUUUAUCAACAAUCCUACCUAGUGCGGGUGGUAUUACAUCAGUAAAUGUUACCUAUUGCAGUAAUUGUGCGCGCCAUUAUGCCCAUCACUAGAACAAGCAGAGUCUUUACCAGAUAAUACAUUUAGUCAAAAGCAUUGAAGAUAGAUGUGCAGGUCAACUCAUAUUAUUUACUAGUCUGAAUUUUGAAAAUUCUACGCGGUAUUGUUGUCACGUGAUGUUUUUUUUCUUGUUUUGUUUUGUUUUGUUUAUGUCCACCUUUUCUCAAAAGUUAUAAGAGCUAGAGCUUUGAAGCUUUGCACAAAUGUUGAUCAUCAUAAGGCUAAGUAGUAGGCCAAGAACCUUAGCUCUGAUAUGCAUUUUGUCAAAAUUAUGGCCCUUUUGUGCUUAAAAAAUUUGAAUUCAGUGUUUAACUAAGAAGUUUAUGUUCGUCUUUUUCUCAAAAUCUAGAAGAGCUACAGCUUUAUAACUUUGAAUAAAUGUUAUAUCGAAUCAUCUAGAAUGAAGAUGUUACUUAUGUCCGGGAUCGUGUUUACUACGUGAUUACAUUAUAAUUACAUCGCGCUAUUGUUAUUUACGUGAUUACAUUCUGAUUACAUUGCGCUAUUGUUAUUUACGUGAUUACAUUCUGAUUACAUCGAGCUAUUGUUAUUUACCUGAUUACAUUCUGAUUACAUUGCGCUAUUGUUAUUUACGUGAUUACAUUCUGAUUACAUUGCGCUAUUGUUAUUUACGUGAUUACAUUCUGAUUACGUCGCGCUAUUGUUAUUUACGUGAUUAUAUUCUGAUUACAUCGCGCUAUUGUUAUUUACGUAAUUACAUUCUGAUUACAACGCGCUAUUGUUAUUGUCAAUAUACUAAAACUUACAAAUAAGAUUUUUGUAAUAAUUCAGUUGCGAUUUUAAAUGGUUCAUUUAAAUUGCUAUAUUGUGAUUGCCAUUCUAAGGCCAGUACAUGUUCACAAAAUUAUUUAUCCCUUUUUUCACGAAAUAAACACUUUUUAUAACUUAUUUAUAAAGAAUGAUAAUAAUUAUCUAGUAAAAUAAAUUUAGAGAAAUAAAAGCAGAAUGUUACUCUUACUGCGUUUGCCCAUACCAUGCAACGCCUUAACAAUCCCAAUUUAUUUUUUGGGGGUUUACCGUUGCACCGACAUACUCAUAGAUGGUGACAUCUUAGCUUUGUUGGUGGAGGAAGACCCUAGGUGCCUCUCCGUGUAUUAUUUCAUCACGAGUGGGCACCUGAGUAGAACCAUCAACCUUCCGUAAGCCAGCUUGAUGGCUUCCUCACAUGAAGAAUUCAAUGUCCCGAAUGAGUUUCGAACCCACAAGGAUGUGGAGCAAAUGAUUUGACGUCAUCGACCUUAACAACUCGGCCACAGAGGUCCCAUCAACAUUUCCAAAUAAAAAAUUUCAUUAUAAAUACUGAAAAAUAUUGAUAGUCAUAUAAUUCAUGUUUUCGUUGCAUUUAUUUUUUAUUGCAGUAAAACAAUUUUUUUAUAUUUUCACUGUAAUGAUUUUUUUUUCUAUAUUUUCUUUAGUAUUCUUUGGCAGUGACUUUGGUAGAUUUACCAGUUGAAGUGAAAAGAAAGUACAGUAUACGGAUAGUGAAGCAAAUUAUUUCAAGUCAAAAUAUAGAAUUUACAGUGAACGCAGCCCGACUAUGGUAUGUUCUAACCGGUAUUUGUACGGGUACAUGACGUUAACCUUCCGCGAAGGGACCUUACUCGAACCAACAAAAUGUCGAAAUUUUCGGGAACUGCGUCCUGUACGCAACUCGUACAACUACGCUUUUUUGUUUAAUGUCUUUGCCGAUGCUGUUAAGGUAACGUUUUCCGUUUAUUUCUAAAAUAAGACUAAAUUUCGGCUGUACGGAAAAUGUAAUAUAAUAAACAGAAAAUUCAAGUUUUUGCAUAAAUAGAGUAUGCUUUUAUUUUCAUACCACUCGAUGAAAAUAAAAUCGAUAUUUAUGCAAACAACUUGAAUAUCCUCGAUUUAUUUAUCAAUCAUCCAUUUUAAGGUAUAAUGUAAAACUAUCCUAUUCGACACGGAGUCCUUGGUUAAAUAUAGUUUUGAUGCUCUUUCUUUUACCUCUGUUAUUGUUAGACGAAUGUGCUUCAAUCUUAGGAUAUUUUUUCCUCAUUAUCAAUCACAUCAUAUAGCACAACGGUAUUAACUCUCGCACAAAUAUUUCAUGAAUUAUCGCGCUUUUUACUUAGACGUAAUUUUUUCUCCUUUUUUUCUUUCACUUCUCUCAAUCUCAAAAUUAAGGUAUUGAACCCCUAAUAGUAAUGUUUAAAAAAUGGCAUUUACUUGGUAUAUUCUUAAAGUUGACCAUGUGUUGCAAAUUUUAAACAACUUUUACCGUUUCGUUUUUUGUAAAUUUUGUAUAAUUUAUGGUAUUACCUCGAGCUCAAGUAGAGGCGAAAUUCAAUGUGAUGGCCACUAUCAAAAACGUUUGCAAGAAUUUAUUACAGCAUUAAUUUUGAUAAAAGAAACAUCAAACUAUUGUUAAAAAAUUAUAAAACACAAAAUAAAACUGUAAAUAUCAUUUUUUUACUAGGGUGCCUCAAGUAAACAGAUUUAAUGAGACAGAAUUCUAUUCCCAACAUUAAAAAAUUAAGGUCGAAUCCUGCGGGUCUGUUUUGAAUUUUGCCCACUUCAUUAAAAAAUAGCCUUGGGGCAGAAGUAAAACCUACCUGCAUUUCUUCCACAAUAUGUAAUCUAAAGAAUAAAGGCAAAAUAGAGAACAUUUACCGCAUAUAACUCAGUAUUUUUAAAGAUGUCUAACACUACCCCUCCUGAUUCAGAGGUAAAUUCACUUUGAACAGCAAGAAAUCGCUUAUAAAAUGAAAAUUUUCCACUUAUGUACAAAACAUCCAUAAUAAGUCUUCAAAGAUGUAAAAACUUUCUAGAAAAAAGGAAAAUACUGAAAAAACAAAUUUGGUCCCAGUGGGGCUUGAACCUACGCCCCCCUGAAAAUUGCUGUCAAGUAGGUUUAUGGUAGGAAUUGAAUAUUCUUCAAAAAGGAGGUAUUCUAUUUCGGGUCCAAUACCUUAAAUUAUCUUGUAUUUUUGUGUGUCAUUACGUAGUUAUACAUUUUCUACACUGUAAUAGAUCUACCAUACAGUAUUAAUUGUAUGACAAUGCAAGUAUUUGAACAGAUAUAUAUGUGAAAUUGUGACGUUUUUGGGAGGGCUGUUGCUCAAACUUGAAGCCCGACCCGU